AUGCUUCGAAGAGCCGAUUUUUGGAAAGAAGAAAGUGAAGCGCCACUUUUACGCUUGAAUCGUUCGUUUUUACCAUCAGACGAAAUUCUCCAAAAGAUCGAAGAUAAUGCUGAAGAUGAUUUCGUAACGAAUUUUGAUCAUGUUCGUAUUAUACGUCUUGAUGCUGAGCGAACGUUCGUAAAUAUCAAACAACGAACUACAUUGAUGCAUGUUUUAUCCUUCCUUCAAAAUGAAUUCAACUCAUAUCAUCAAGCUAUGUCGUACGUCGCGGGUUUCCUGCUACUUACAAAUUCACCAACAAAAGUUAUCGAGAAAAUGCGUCAACUUCAUCAAAAUGUUCUUAUUGAUUAUUGGACUGAAGAACCAGUUGCAUUCGCUACUGACGCCUAUGUUUUUGAUUACCUUCUCGCGGAUUAUUAUCCAGAUAUUCAUCAACAUCUAUCCAAACAUUUCAUUCUCCCGGAAACUUAUACACAAAAAUGGUUUACCACAUUAUGUGUAGGUGUUCUUCCAUUCAAAGCACUCUUUCAAUUUUUCGAUACAUUUGUCACAAACGCUUCGUCGACAUCGACCAAUAUAUUUCUGUUUCAAUUUGCAUUGAGUUUAACGAAGCAUAUUCGUGAAGGAUUACUUCAAACGAAAAAUGUUGCUGUUAUGUAUCAGUACCUUCGAUUAGACUCGUCAAUACCGCAAUUUGAUGCGAAACUUGAUGAACUAGCUGUUUCCAUUGUUGACAAAGCAAAAGAUUAUGAUUUAUCUUCAUAUGAUUUCGUUAAAUUACGUGAGAAAGCUUAUAAUGAAAAAUUACGAUCAAGAUUAGAAGCAGCAAAACGAUCUCACGAUGAAAGGAAAGUUUCUAUCACAUCUUCGUCAUCAGAUCAUGAGAGUGAAGAGGAAGAAGAAGCACAACCAAUAACAAUGAAAACACUUGUUAAUCGUAUGGAAAACUUACAUAUUGAAUAA